AGAGAGGAAGGGGUUUGGCUGACAAUCUGAGGAGGACCACGGAUCGGAGAGCAGAAGAAGAAGCAGUAGCAUCAUCAGCAUCAUCCGAGGAAGAAGAAGAAGAAGAAGGGUCAUCAUCAUCCAACACUUGUUCAUCUUCACCAGCCGCUCAGGAUUUCUGUUCCUCCCCUCACCUCCUCUGGCCUGACCGACCCACCAGCCUGUCGUCAUGAACUACCUUCGCCGGCGCCUGUCUGACAGCAGCUUCGUGGCCAACCUGCCCAACGGCUACAUGAUGGAUCUGCAGAGGCCAGCCCCGCCCGGAUCAUCCAUUUCAUCUCCCGCCUCCCCAGCCACCGAGAGGCGUCAGCCCCCGAGCCUCCCGAGCCAGACCCCAGGCUCGGGUUCGGGUUCGGGUUUGGGUUCAGGUUCGGGCUUGGGUUCAGGCCCGAACCCGCCCCCGCCCCCGGCAGCGGGUUCGGGGAGCUUUCUCAGCUCCUUCUCCAGCGUGGUGAAGAGUGCCCAGAUGGCCCAGAACGUCGCCGCCGCUGCACACGCCAAGUCAGCUGGAGCUGCGGCAACUGAGGCGGCUUCUGCUGGAGGCGGUCAGCCGGUCAAGCCUGCGGUACGCAAACCCAAGAUCCUGCUGGUGGUUGAUGAUCAGCACACCGACUGGGCCAAGUAUUUUCGGGGAAAGAAGCUGAACGGAGAAUAUGAGAUUCGAGUUGAGCAGGCGGAGUUCUCAGAGAUCAACCUGGCCUCUUACGUCAACUCAGGAUGCAUGGUGGACAUGCAGGUCAACAAAGGUGGCUCCAAAGUCGUCAGGUCUUUUAAGCCAGACUUUGUCCUGAUUCGCCAACACGCCUACAGCAUGAUUCCCGGCGAGGACUUCAGGAACAUUGUGAUCGGCCUGCACUUUGGUGGCGUGCCGAGUGUCAACUCCCUCUUCUCCCUAUAUAAUUUCUGCAGCAAACCUUGGGUGUUUUCUCAAAUGAUUAAGCUUUACCACUCCCUCGGCCCUGAGAAGUUCCCCCUGAAUGAGCAAACCUUCUACCCAAACCACACACAAAUGAUCACAAGCCCUUCGUUCCCUGUGGUGGUCAAGAUGGGGCAUGCCCAUGCUGGUAUGGGAAAGAUUAAAGUGGAGAACCAGCAGGACUUCCAGGACAUCACCAGCGUGGUGGCCCUGGCCGGGACCUACGCCACCACCGAGCCCUUCGUCCAGUCCAAAUACGACAUCCGCAUCCAGAAGAUCGGCAGCAACUACAAGGCUUACAUGAGGACCUCGAUUUCUGGCAACUGGAAGGCCAACACGGGUUCUGCCAUGUUGGAGCAGAUCGCAAUGACGGACAGAUAUCGCAUGUGGGUGGACUCCUGUGCUGAGAUGUUUGGUGGCCUCGACAUCUGCGCCGUGAAGGCUGUCCACGGAAAAGAUGGCAACGACUACAUUAUCGAGGUGAUGGACAGCUCCAUGCCUCUGAUUGGUGAGCACGUGGAGGAGGACAAACAGCUCAUUACAGAGCUGGUCAUCAACAAGAUGGCGCAGGUGCUGCUGGGAGUUGUUACACCUCAGACUUCUGCUGUGAAGACCACUCAGCCCAGGCGAGGCGGACACCGCUCUGCUUCGGCCUCUCCGUCGCAGUCGGCCCAGGGCUCGCCUCAGAGAGCACGCUCCGCCACCACCUCUCCCAGCCAGGCCUUCCAGCCCGGCCCCAUCCCGGCCUCCUCUGGGCCUGGAUCUCAGAAACAGUCCCCUCAUCUCAACAAAUCCCAGUCACUGACCAACACCUUCACAGAGACGUUACGGGGAAGCCUGACCGACGACGAGGCCAAGGCCGAGACCAUCCGUAGCCUCCGGCAGUCCUUCGCUAGCCUCUUCUCUGACUAAAGAAGCUCCGCCCCCCUCGAGCUUCAUGUUGGACGUCAGAUCAAAGACUAAAAUAAUGAAAAGGGGUGGAAAAAAAAAAAAAAGAAAAAACGGCUUCAUCUGUAAAGGAGUCUCUUCUCUCUUCCAAACUCCGGCUUUGUGUUUUUUCUUUGCAUUAAUCCAGUUGUCCAUCUGCUGUUCUCAGAAUAUUAGUGAAGUUUAGCACUAGAAAGGCCAAGAGAUCCUCAGGAUCUUAGAGGAAGUUAGAAGGAGCCAAACCUUCAAAGGUGCCAUUCAAAAGUAUUCUUGACACUUUCAUCACGUUUAACCAAAAAACUUAAUUGUAUUGUAUUGAGAUUUUACAGCAGAGUUCAACAACUGCUUCUAAUUGUGAGCAGAAGAAUGUUACAAAAAGCAAACAGAUAAAAUAAUAAUAACCAUUAGAGUUUAUGGAUGUAACGUGACACAAAGUAAACUUGAGACAUUUACAAGAUGUUUAUUCACAGCUUCAUAAAUUUUGCCAUAACUGUCACUGUACCCGUUUACACCUUAAGAUUUGAUCACUUGAGGAAGUCUGGCCUUUCUAGUGCUGACUGCUGUAACUACAGAAAAUCCUCAUGUGGUAGCUUGUGCUGCUUGGUAUAUUAUUAUUCUGCAUCCUCCCUGUGCAGCUGAUACAGCUAUGUUCCUGUUUGUCUUUCAUCUUUACCCAUUUUAAGUGACACACGGCUUCCGGGUUAUUUGCGGACGGCAGUGCGGUUCCACUUUGGUGUACGUGAACGUACCAAACAUUCACAGUUCACCAGCGAGCUCUGAAGCCCCUCAGCCAGCAGUCGCAGACCUUCUCAGACAUCCAGAGUGUGACGCAGUGACUCCUCUACCCCUAUCCUAACUUUACCAAAGUGCUUUUCAAUGGCAGAUAUAAAGAAACCCCUCUGCACUGGGUCAGGAAAACAGUCAGCUGGUAGAAACAUUUCUACCCGGUGCGAAUGCUGUCCUGGCUUAUGGCCGUCGUCUUCCACCACAGCUCAGUUUCUCUUUAUCUUUCUAAGCUCGGUUAGUUUCACCUUUAAGCAUUCGUCGCGCUGGAUUUACAUCACACCUGCUUCUGCUGGGUAAUAGUGAGCAGCGCGGCUCAGUCGAGACAGAAAAGGUUCUCUUAUAUUCCGGAAUGUUCCAUAUUUUCUCUCUGUUCUCUGCAGCCCUUGUCAGCUGAGUUUACAGGUGCUCCGCAGUACGUCUUGUUUUGGAAUUCAGAGCCGUAUAUGGACUCGAACUGAAAAACCGAGGCAGUCGUAACUUCUGAAGAGUUGUGAUGUAUUUAUAGGUUAAAAUGUUUCCUGGAAAGUGAGUUGACUUCAGGAAUCCUUUUCGUCUCGCUGCGUGCUGCAGGUUUUCUGAGAAAUGAACGUUGGUGAAGGUCAGAUUUGCAAACACAAUACAGCCAUUGUGUAUUCAUCUGUCAUUCACACCAGGAAAACAGGCUUUCAAACCCACAGCUGAACGACAGCUUUGCUUUAAAGGGCAAAUAUUACAAUUUUCCCACUGUUUUCAGACAUGUAGAGUGAGAUUUUUUUUCCAUUUCCACCAAAGAAAAACAACGAGAACAUAGAGCUGAGAACGUAGCUGAAAGGUGCAGAAGAGUCAUGACUCUACAUCUGGAUACCUGGGUGCAGGAGUCACAUCUUCCAUCUAAAACAAUAGUAAUGGUAGCCAAGUUCUCUGCUUGAAUUUUAGUUCAUAUGGAGAGAAUUUCUGUUGUUGUUCAUCUACUGAGGCAAAGAAAGUCAUGAGAAACGUUAUGUGACAGCAGUAGCAUGGAGACCUAUCAAACCAGCACCCUCUGGAGGGCUUAAGAAGCUCUGUAUUGAGGCCAGUCUGCCUUCAAUUGAUAGCGUGUGACAAAAAUUGUAAUUCAAAACAAUAGAUUUCAGGCAGCAUUCAUAUAUACACUGUAAUUUCUGUGUCACCACAAUAUUCAAAGAGAGUUUUACUUUUUCCUCUCUACAUAAUCACUUGGUGUUUUACCAAAUAUGGCUUAACAAUUAACCACUAACAUAGCUGUCAAAAUGGCAUUCCGAGGAAAACUUCAAAAACUUUAAAGCGCUCUUAAAUUUUCAGAAUUUGUCCUUCAUUUUGGGAACCUCUACAAAUGUUGUACCCAAGCUAUCAUGCUUUUAAAAUAUUUCAUUUCAGAGGAGCUGGUUUCAGAGUGGUUAGCUUCGUUAGCCCUCUCAAGCUAACCAAUUUGGACACCCUGAUUCCUAGCAUCUACGAUACUAGCAUACAUAAACAUGUUCCAAAGCAGAGACAGAACACUUAACUUUAGUUAAUAUUUGUGCAGAGUUUUAGUUUUAAUACUUUUACAGCGAAGUACAUAUAUAUAUAUAUAUAUAUAUAUAUAUUUUUUUUUUUUUUUUUUUUUUACCAAUACCAGCAAUUUACCAAAAUGAUUUUUUAAAGUGAUUCUUUCCACUUGAUUUGCUUUUAACUGGGCAUACAUUUUAAAUACAUGACCAAGAAGAAUUUAUGCUGAAAAACCAAAGCUGGUGUAGCUUAGCCUAAAUGUUAGUCAAUGCUAACUGAGAGGGUUUUAUUAGCCAGUUAUAAAUUAGCAUCAUAUUACCUUCGCAGACAUUUUGUUUGAAGUUUGAAGGGAGAAACCUCUGAAGAGCAGUAUGACAUUAACAGCGCUAACUGUCCUGAACCAGCUUUGACCAAAUCAAUAUUUACCCUUACCUUUUACACACUUUUAGCCUGAGAUGUUUUCCUACUGCUGAAUAGAAAUAAAGUAAUGCUGCAUUAAUAUAAAGAACUUUUAUUCACACCAUUGACAUAAAAAAAACCCUGCUAAAAAAGUUGACCUUUAAAACUGCAGAUGCAAAAGCCCUAGUUAAAGCAAGCAAUAAAAUAGAGGAAACACACAAACACAUUAAAAAAAAUACACAACUGUGCAGACCCGUGUAAGAUUUGUUUGUCUGUUUUAAAGCCUUGGCAUGUAAAAGCUCAAAUUAUUUCACAAAUGAAGUCCUUCACUUGUUUGUUUUACAUCUGAGGUCCCAUAAUAAUGUGCAAGAAGCUUUUUUGUCCCAAAUAUAGUUAGUUUUUUUUUGUAGGAAGCUAUUUUGAUGGUUAUGCUAAUGUUAGCUUUUACUCUAAAGAUUCAAUAAAGCCAUGGUCUAAUUUUUUUUUUUUUAUUGUAAUACCCACCAGCCAGGGCAAACAGUUUUUUUAGUGGGUGUAAUACGGUCCAAGUUUGAGCUGAGACAGUUCAAACUUGGACUGUAUUACUGUGUUACUGUGUUACUGUGUUAUUGUUUUACUGUAGCCAUAUUUUUAGUUCCAAAGUUAACCAGACAGCAUCUGAAAGAAGCUAAUAUUUCAAGUUUCUGCUAGCUUAGAAAUGAUUGAGUCAGACAGAAUGUAAACUGAAUUCCACUGGUUGAAAUUUGUUUUUAACUUUUCCACCUACCCAUACGUGACUUUAUGGAGCCUCAUGAGUCACCAUGACAACCAGUUUCAUAAAUGUGUUUAAGGUUGUGGUGGCAAGCAGGGCAGGAAAAGGAACCAAUAGAGGAUUUCUUUGGGCUUACAUUUUGACGCUAUAUUGAUUAUUUAUAGAUUUGAUGCAAGACAACUGACUUCAUGGGUAAAAAUGUAAAUGUGGCCCAUAUGGGUCCCUAAUGUGUAACUGAUUUUCUUAAUGUCCAUUUCAGCUCAAAGCUAUAGCUGUCAGCUGGUUCUGCCUAUGUGAGUUGUAUUUAGUCAGACCAAGUGGAUCCCAUAUGUGAAGCCCAUUCAGAGCCCAGGCCCAGUUAGUCCCCAUCAUGCCUGCACUGAACCCAUACGGGGCCCACCGCCACCAGUAACUCUGCCUCAGAGGUUGCUCUGCAAAUUCCGCAUCUUGUAAUUUCACUCUUUUGCGGUCACUCCUUCUCUGUUCUCACUGUGUCAAGAUGGACCAAAAUACAUCUCAUUAUCUUUACUGUAGGGAUUACUCCUGCUUAGCAUGCAACACCAGUAUGAAAAGCCAUAAUCGAGCAAUGAGGAUUUCUAUCCCUUGUGUGCCACACAAUAAAGCUGUGACAUCACUCACAAAGCGGUGCGUUAGCUGUUAGCUACUGUAAUCACUGUGUCCGUGGCUGGCCUCUCCUGCCUUGCAGAGAAACUCAGCAAUUGUUGCUUCCUCCUUUUGAAGGUCUCCCGUUUGAUUUCUGUCAGGAGAGCAUUGGAUGUCACUUCUCUUCUUUUCGCUUCAAACUGGAAGUUGAGUGAAAACUUAACGACGACUUGGUGUCGUAUAGUUUCAGUGGUCACUAUUUUCGAGCUGAGGAACAUAAUCUCAUUAGUUUGACACACUCGAUGUUUGAGUCGUUUGAAACCAAGCUGGAAAAGGUCUCAGGCUUAGCAGUGCUUUCACAAACUGACUGUACUUGUGGAGAUUUUGUGAAGCGAGGAGUGUUUUAUACAAGGAGUCUCAAGAUCUGUGCAAAGACGUUCAAACUCCUUCCACCAGUUCGACCUGCAAACUUUAGAAAAACAACGUUCUAGUGUGUGCGAUAUUAACCUAAGGAUGAUCACCAUCUUAAUAUCAUAUCCUGUAUGAUUUAAAAUGAAACGGGAUGGAGCCGGUGUGCCUUGCAUGCAACAAUUAGUGGAGUGUGAUAUACCAAAUGACCAGGCACUCCCAAAACACUCAGUCUCCUCUAGUGGAAAUUUACUGAUGCGCCUCAAUAAAUUUGAAAAUAAUUGAAAAAUUUAUUUGACUUAAUGAAGAUAAAUGAAUUAAGGCUCAUAUAUUUCUUAUGCAGACAAUUAUAUUGCAACUGUUAUGUGUGUUAGCCUGAGUAAAGAGUUUUAUUUAUUCAAAACUUUUCAAACCAGUUGGCCCAAUGUGAAAAUAUAAUUGCCUUCCUUGUCAAAUCCUGAACUAACUGGUUUGGUUCCACUAGCAGCACACAUGCCUGCUUAUUGACAGACCUGUAGAAUAAUAAAACAUGUUAAAUAGUACCUGUCUGACAGCACGAAGCAGGUUAAAAGACAGCAAAAAGGAUCAGAAGGAAAGUUUUUUGGAAUCUAUAACAAAGUCAUUACUAAGGCUUUGGAAGUUCAGUGAGUGGCUCAAAAAUGAACAAAAUACAGUUUGUACAAUGGCCUAGUCAAUGUCCAAACCUCAGUCCAUUUAAGGGCAUGACUGUUAACAAGCCAUUAUUUCUUGAAAACAAUUUAUUGUGGCUGAAGUAAAACGAUUGUAAAAGACUGAAUGCAAGUUAUCACAAAGCAGGAUUUGGUUUAGGGGGCAUUUACUUUUUCACAAAAUUCAAACACAACUUUUUGUUUUUACUCAGGUUAUCCUUGAAUAAAAUAAAAAGAAACUACUUCAUGAUCUAAUAUGGACAAGGUGUAACAAAAGACCAGAAAGACUUUAAAGGCAACAUAUCUUUGAUAAGCGUCUUUUUUUAUAUAUAUAAUCUUUUUUUCUUAUAUAAUCCAAUUCCAAAUUAAAUUUGAGAUUUUAAUUAUCUUUAAAUAUUUGUCCAAAUAAUAAAAAUUAAUGCUUUGUGCGGUAAACAUUUUUCCCUCUUUUUGAAUUUAAUUAUGAACAAACCCCAAAAACCUCUGGUUCCAUCUGGUCCACUGUCAACAAAUUGUAUCAGUUCUUUAACUUUACUGUUUAAGUUAAGAGUGGGCUUCCUAUAACAUGGAUAUUUUGCCACUUGCUGAUGAUUUUUUUUUUUUUAAAUGUGUGUUUAAAAACAUCAGUAAUAUCUUGAGGUGUCCUGAGGGGGCCCAGACUUUGUCUUUCAGCCCAGAACAGCCUGGCAGGUUGCUACGACCCUGCUGCUGGCCUGUUUUUUUUUUUCUUUUUUUACUUUUAACUUCAAGUAUUUGUGCACCUGUUUUGCUUCUUUGGAGAAAAAUAAAAAACGCAAUACAGCUACGUUUUAUUGAUCAUAACGUUUAAAACUAACUGAACUAAUAUGCAUUCAAAGAGCCUUGUACUGCAAGCUAACUCUUAAUGUGAUGUGUGUGUACAGCAUGGAUUUCCUUUGGCAGUCAUCCGGUCCGCUGUGUUCCUUCCUCUCCGCUGAACGACAGCGUGGUGUCGUGAGGUUUUUCAGUGUAUUAAUGUUCUGUAUAUCGCUGUAAACAUGGCAUGGAAACCAACUUUUCUCGUGUGCCUGAGGUGUGUAAAUUUAGUGAUCAUGUGACCUUAAUGUCUGGCUGCUUGUUUGUGAGACGUGUGUCGCACCUCUUGUGUUUCCGUAAUUUAUCAUUAAUAUUGUUAUUAUUCACAUGAUCUCUAUACUUUUAUGAAUUUCUUUCUUUGUGUGUGUGUCUGAAAAAACAGGAUUUCGGUUAAUAAAGCGUAACAACUUUUAAUAUA